AUGUCAAAUAAUACAAAUUCAACACCCAGCAAAAACUUUUUUGAUGUUGUUAUAGAAAAACUAACACCUAAUAAAAAUAACUCAACACCAAAUAAGAGAGCAACAUUUAAUGGAACACCACAAGAAAAACCUGUAACAAUUCAAACACCAAAUGGGAAUAGUAAUAAAAAUAACAAUGGUAAUUAUAUUUCAGGUUCAACCUCAUCCUCAAACUUAUUAAAUCAACUAGAAGAAACUAUUCAAAAUAGUAAUCAAACACCAGGAGGAUAUUCAACAAACUUGGAUGACUUUGCCGAUGAUUUUAAUAACUAUGAUGAUCAAGAAAAAUAUUUAAAAGUGUCACAAACCGAUUCAACAAUUGUAAUAAAUAAAGAUUUAGUUGGUAGCGAUCACUAUUUAAACUCAAUAGAACCACAGCUAUCAAUUCUAAACAAACCUAUAAAAAAAAAAGAACCCGCACAAUUAGUAAAACAGCAAUCAUUUCAUAAAAACAAUAAUUCAUUUUUAGAAACCACACCACAACAAUUGACACAACAACAACAACAAAUUCAGCAACAAUCUCAUCCAACUGCACAGUUUCAACAACAGCACCAACAUCAAAACCAAAAUCAAAAUCAAAACCAAAAUCAAAACCAAAACCAAAACCAAAAUCAAAAUCAAAAUCAAAACCAAAACCAAAACCAAAAUCAAAAUCAGCAACAAAUACAUCCACAACAACACAAACAACAACAACAACAACAACAACACCAACAGCAACAGCAACAAAAUAUACCAUCACAACCAAUACAACAAAAACCUGUAAAUCAACCACAACAAAAAGAAACUGUAAAUAAAACUCAACAACAGCAACAAAAUAAUCAAAAUGAACUACAACAAUUUAUCGAUUUAGAAAACUUUACAUUUAAUAACUUAGAUAUCCCAAUGUCAUGUAAAUUAUUUUUAGAUAGAUUAAAAAGUGAAAAUGGGGAAUUAAAAAAACAACUAAAUAUAGUUUUAAAUGAUAAUGCAGAACAAUGGGAACAAACUAUAUUUUUACAAAAUAAUCUUAAAGAAUUAGAAAACUAUAAUCAACAACUCGAUAAAUGGUCAGAUGCAUUAAGAAACCAACUUAUGAACUCUGCAGAAUUAUUAGUAAAUCACCACAAAAAAAUCGAUAAUCUUUAUGAACUCCUAAGUGGAGUUGGUGAACAAAAAGACUCUUUUCAAAACCUAUAUGAACAAUCACAAGAACAAUUAGCAAGAUCAGAUGAAGAAAAUUUAAAAUUAACUUUUGAAUUAAAAGAUUAUAAAAAACUUUCAAAUGAUCUAAAUUUAACUAUUGUCGAUUUAAGAAAACAAAUUCAUGAACUAAAAGAUUAUUCAAUUGAUGCCAUCAUUUGGAGAAUAAAAAAUAAUAUAGAACCAAGCGGCAUUGAAAGAAAGAAAUCAAUUCAAGAAAAAAGUCAACUUUUAGAUGAAGCUGUUAGAGCCUACCAAUUAGAUUAUAAUGAAAUACUACUAUUAAGAGUUAUAACCUUUUUAAAGAAUUCACUAUCCUGGAAAGUUUUUAUUCAACUAUUAAAAAACAACUAUGAAUCUUUGGACUACUAUAUAAAAUACUGUAAACAAACUAAAAAAAUAGACCAACUAAAAUUAAUAUAUCGAGAAACUCACAACCAUUUAGAAGAGGGACUGUUAAUUUUAAAAGAAGCUUUGGAAGAAAAAGAUACAAAUCUACAACUAUAUGCCUUGUAUUCAUGUUGCUCAUUCUUUGACCAAUAUGACCAUUUAUAUUUUUAUAAAACCACAAUUUUAAAGUAUAUAGAUUCAAUUAGAGCCGGUAUAAACUUAAAUUGGGAUAAUCUAGACUUUAACAAAUAA